UCAGUCUUCACCAUGAACACCUUCCUCUCUGUCGUGAUCCUGAGUGUGAGUCUGCCCACCUUGCUGGCGACUCUAGACUACCGCGCGCUGUGGCAGUUCAGGGCUAUGAUCCUCUGUAACAUCCCUGAUAGCUGGCCUGCACUGGAUUAUGCAGACUACGGAUGCUACUGUGGAAAGGGAGGCUCAGGCACCCCGGUGGAUGAACUGGACAGGUGCUGUGAGGUGCAUGAUCGGUGUUAUUCUGACUCAUGGCAACAUGAAGACUGCUGGGGUAUCUUAGACAACCCUUACACUGAAGUCUAUUCAUUCUCAUGUGACAAAGAGGCAAUGAAAGUCACCUGCAAUGCUGACAAGAAUCGGCCCUGUGAGAUGUUCAUCUGUGAAUGUGAUAGAAAAGCAGCCGAAUGCUUUGCACAAGCGGGUUACAACCCAGAACACGAGCACUAUCCUAGUGAAAACUGCAAAUGAACUGAAACUUGAUAAAGGUUUAAGACUGUCCCUCAAGUCUCAUUAAAGAUAGCAAUGGUAUAUCAUCUAACAGUUUAUUUUUGUUCAUGCCAACCGAUAUUUAAUUCAUAGCAGACAGACUCUUUAAUAGUAUAUGCAAAUUCAUGUGAUUAAAAUUCUAUAUUCUAUAUACAUAUCUUAAUAGAUAUUAAGAAUUAAGUUUGAUCAGAAUUAAGUUUUUAAAUGUAUUUUUUCCCACUGGCAAACAGUUCUUCUUGUUUCAUGCAGUUUGUGUUUUAAACAAGUAAAAACAAUUAGUCAAUUAUUUAAACUUAUAUAUUCUCUUAAAAAUAAGUCAUAUUAGUCUUAUCUAUCUGCAAUUUUUACCUUGUUUAAAAAGACAAAGAUACUGAUUCAAAAAAUUAUUUUUGUAGCUAAAGCAGGUUACGUACAUUUAUAUGCAAUUAUUGACACAGAAUAG